AUGCCGGAGGAGAAGGCAUUACUGUGUGAUCCAUAUGAUCCAGCCGCAUUGCCAGACUACGAUAAUGAUUUCAUCGAUCCCGACGAGCUCGACCGUUUCGAAAGAGCGUUGAAUGCACCCGAAGCUUCUCCGCUCGUAGCUAUCAACGACUGGCGACCGAUCAACCAACGAGUCCGAAAAACACGAGGCCGUCGCAAAAACCCGAAACGAAGCAAGGAUGAAACUAGGGAGGGCGUUCUAUACACCGUGCUCAAGUGGCCGUUUCUGUUUACGGUGUUCGCUUGGAUCGCUUUUCUAAGCUGUGGCUAUGUGCUGGUGCGCGUGUACAUCUUCCUUUACGAACAAUGGGUUACUUGGCGAGGCAAACGAGAGAGGUUGCGCCGAGAUUUGUCAUCGAAGAAGAAUUAUCUAGACUGGUUGACGGCGGCGCAGGCGUUGGAUGUCCAUCUUGGGAAUGAGAAGUGGAAAGAGGAAGACGCUUACGCUUACUAUGACCAUGAGACAAUCAAUAAGGUUGUGUCAGAGCUGAAAAGAGAGAGGCUGAAAGCUGAGUCCCAACUGUCUCAGGGUAGUGUGACCGAUGGGGAGCCACCUGCUGUUGAGGAUUUGCGGUCCUUAUUGGAGGCCUGUGUCAAGAAUAAUUUCGCCGGAGUCGAAAAUCCUCGGAUUUAUAGUGAGACUUACUCAGGAACCAAGCAGCUGGUUCAGGAAUAUAUUGAUGAGGUGCACGCUUGUAUCAAACUCGUCUUGGGCUUGGACAGCAAUACGAUUGAUACCGACACUAUGAAGAAACACUUCAAGCACCUCGAUACCAAUUUCGGCCGAACAGCGCUUUGUCUUUCUGGCGGCGCUACCUUUGCUUACUAUCAUUUUGGAGUGGUAAAGGCGCUGUUAGAUAAUGAUGUUCUACCCGAGAUCAUUACGGGCACCUCUGGUGGGGCAUUGGUUGCGGGCCUUGUGGCGACUCGCACGGAUGCGGAGCUGAAGCAGCUGUUGGUACCCGCUCUGGCACAUCGGAUUCGAGCUUGCCAUGAAGGGAUCGCGACUUGGAUUCGUCGUUGGUGGACGACAGGCGCUCGGUUCGAUACCUUAGACUGGGCCAAGCAAUGUGGUUGGUUCUGUAGAGGUUCGACCACCUUUCGAGAAGCCUACGAACGAACGGGGCGCAUAUUGAAUGUGUCAUGUGUUCCGUCUGACCCUCACUCGCCAACCAUCUUGGCCAACUAUCUUACUUGCCCGGAUUGCGUCAUUUGGAGUGCUGUGCUUGCCUCCGCAGCUGUUCCCGGUAUUUUGAACCCGGUUGUGCUUAUGUACAAAAAGCGCGAUGGGACUCUUGCACCUUACUCCUUUGGGCAUAAAUGGAAGGAUGGCAGUUUGCGAACUGAUAUUCCCAUCAAGGCCCUUAAUUUACAUUUCAACGUGAAUUUUACGAUUGUUUCUCAGGUUAAUCCACAUGUCAACCUGUUCUUUUUCAGUUCACGGGGAACCGUUGGCCGGCCAGUCACUCAUCGUAAAGGUCGUGGCUGGCGUGGUGGCUUCUUGGGUACCGCGAUCGAGAAAUAUAUCAAGCUAGACCUGAACAAAUGGCUUCGGGUUCUCCGACACCUCGAGCUUCUACCGAGACCUCUUGGCCAGGACUGGAGUGAGAUCUGGCUUCAAAAGUUCAGUGGAACAAUUACUAUCUGGCCAAAGUCCAUCGCUUCGGAUUUCUACCACAUUCUCUCCGACCCGACACCAGAACGGCUUGCGCGCAUGAUUCAAGUCGGUCAGCAAAGCGCAUUCCCGAAAAUUCAAUUUAUUAAGAACCGUCUAAAUAUAGAGAAUGCGAUCAUGAGGGGACUCCAACAAACCUCUGGUGCUGGACGUUCUUUGUCUCCUAUUCUGUCCCGCCGACUUCCAUUUCCAGAGAAUGAGGACCCGCUGGUCGAAAGAUUGGAUGAUAAUUUCCCUGAGCGCCAUGACAAAGGCUAUUAUACCGAGGAUACCAUGUCCCAAUCGACAGCCUCCUCGCGUCCACACACCCCAACCUCAGGUCAGAGGAGGGGUAGCCUUAUGGAAGAAAUGCGCCGCCAGUCGGCCGUUUUCUUUGACGACGACAUAUUCGGCGAUGACGGCGCACCACCCAUCACCUGA